AUGACCAAUCCCGAACCUCAACCCGAUUUGAACAAAUUGGAAGCUGGUGAAAACAACUUCACCAAUUCCACAACCUCCUCACAACAAUACAACCAACAACAAAACUCACAUUACAAUUAUGGCCCACUGGCGCAUGUCAAUACUGCCGAGACACGCCUCGCACCUUUCGGCGGCGAGUUCCAACCUGGACUCUAUCGUCCAGUUUCGGAUCGGAAACUGGCCAAUCCUGCUCCACUGGGUCUCUGUGGCUUUGCUUUGACGACUUUCGUUUUGGGAUGUGUUAACAUGCAGGUCCGUGGGAUUACAGAGCCAAAUAUGGUUGUGGGCCCUGCAUUUGCCUACGGUGGAUUCAUUCAAAUCCUCUCUGGAAUGUGGGAGAUGGCGGUCGGAAAUACUUUUGGUGCUACAGCUCUGACAUCUUAUGGCGGGUUCUGGAUUUCGCUGGCGAUCUCAUUCACACCUGGUGGAUUUGGCAUUCAGAAAAGUUUGGUGGAGGCAGACAAUGGGAGUCUGGGAAUGUUCUAUGACUCUCUCGGACUUUUCCUAAUGGGAUGGUUCAUCUUUACUUUCCUCAUGCUGCUCUGCACCGUCAAAUCUACCGUCAUUUUCUUUUCACUAUUCCUCUCGGUUGACAUUGCUUUUCUCCUUCUUGGAGUCGGAUACCUCACACGCAAUGCCCAGGAGGAGCCAAAUGCAAAGAUAAUCAAGGCGGGCGGACUAUUUGCACUCAUAGCCGCUUUUUUGGCAUGGUGGACGGCUCUUGCUGGUGUUGCUGAUAGCAGUAACAGCUUUUUUGUUGUUCCUGUCUGGCACUUCCCUUGGUCUCCCAAGGGCAAAGAGAGCCGCAAUAAGCAGUAA